GUUUUCCAAAAUGUGUGACUUGUAAAAAAGUGCUUCAGUUUGAUCUUUGUUACUUUUUUGUGUGUGAUACGUUCUAUAAUUAAAACUGCGUAGGAUUACGUAUGAUAAUUAGAAAAAGGGUCUCUCUCUCUCUCUCUCCCUCUCUUUUUUUUUAAGUUGUAAAGUAGUAUGUCUGGUUAUUUUAGUGAACUCGGCAUUGACCAUUCGAAUAAAAAGAAGAAAACUUACGAUGUUGAUCUUGAUGCGUUUAUGAAUCCAGCUUCUGGUUCCUUGUUUGGACAAGGGAGCGACACAAACAGUCAUGUUCAACAGUUGAUACAAACAGCCAACUUUUUUGGCCAAUUCCGACAACAGAUGCAGACGGGUGAGGAUGUGGAGCAGGAACAGUUUCUGGAUAAUUUAGUGAGUCAAUUACUGGAAGAAUCUCAAAAUAACGCCAAAGGACCACCACCUGCUUCUAAACGAUUCAUGGACAAUUUACCCAUUGUAAAAGGCGAUACAUUGGACAGUGAGGAAAGCUGUAUUAUUUGUAAAGAUAAUCUCAGGAGUAGUGAGAGUACUGUCACACGAAUGCCAUGUGGACACUACUUUGACCGUGAUUGCUUACUUCCUUGGUUAGAAUUACACCAUACAUGUCCCAUGUGUCGAUUUGAAGUGGAGACAGAACAUGCGGUAGAAGAAGAAGAGGAAGAAGAACAACGAGGAUGGAUGUACGGUUAAAAUAAUUUAGUUUAGUAUAUUGUUUGUUUACUUGAUUACCAAAAGAAAGAUAUUAAAUUCUAUCCAAUGAAUUACUGCUCGUCAAUGUAAAUAGUCUAGCUAUGUUAUUCUUGUUGCUGUGAUGAGUGAUUUUUGGGUGUGUGUGUGUGUGUUGGGGGAGCGCAUAAAGUAUGUAAUGUAAUGCUAUAAAAAAAAAAAAAAAAAAAAAAAAAAAGAA